CUACAAUUCUUCCCGAAGGACAAGAGCUAAGAUGUUGUGUUGUUUGUGGCUGGUGGUGUUGGUGUUUGUGAGCAGCAACGGAGCUCAUGCGUUCACUGCCAACAUCAUUGCGGGCAGCAGCAGCAGCGGCAGCAGCAGCAGCAGCAACAACAAGUUUGGUAUUGGCCUUGUGAGUGAGGGCAACUCACGGCAGCUGGACCUCGCCCACCAACUUGCAGGCAGCGGAGGAUGGGUCCUGUUGACACUGGCCGGCAUUGAUUUGUCCACGACAGGCCCGCAGCCGUCUUGGGUCAAUUCCAUCAAGACGUUGCAAGGACUGAACAUGAACGUUGUGCUGCGCCUCAGCCCUCCUUGGGGCCAGUCCCAUUACAGGGACAUGAGUGACGAUGCGAACCACCACAACUACACGUCGCUUGCCGCGGCAUUUGUGCGCGUCGUCUCUCAGCUGCCGCGUUCCAGCAACGCACCGUUGUGGCUGCAAAUCGAAAACGAACCAGACCUGUGCUAUGAGUGGUACUGCGGGCAAGCUGGGCAGCCGCUGUCCUACACGGAGAUUGCCAGCGAGUUUGCUGCCUUCUAUCUCUACGUCGCUGCAGCCGUCAAAGCCAUCGGUGAUCCGAAUUUGAAGGUCGGGCCCGCGCCACUCGCCCCGGGUGGUGCUCUCAAGUGCGGCUGCUGUGGUUCACAGAGCUGCAGUGGAGACUCGCCCGGUAUCACUGGGCUUCAGUUCAUGGACGCCAUGACAGCUGCGUAUCCAAAAGUGUGGUCGUAUGCCGACUUUCUCGCCACACACUCGUAUCCGGCCUCUGGCAUUGGUUACAGCUUCAACGUUCCUUUCAGCCAGGCUGGCCCUGGUUUGACGUAUUAUCGACUUGAGCUCAAUCACACGCGCCCGGAUCUCCCCGUUCUCAUCACCGAAACGGGAUGGGCAUCGCACACACAAGGUUUGCCGCCGUGCUCCGAAGACAACAAGGCGGCGUGGACGGUGACGGCGUAUCAACAGCUCUGGCUCGCAGACGACCGCAUCUUGGGCGUCAUGCCGUUCAUGCUGCAGGAUGCAACGUGGGGAGACAAGGAUGGAUAUGCAUACGUGCUUACAAACGGGCAACAGCAGCCCGUGUUCACGCAAGUGCAGGCGCUCCGCUGUCAGUUGCAAAUCGACCCCUCGUCUUGUCCUUGAUCUGUCUGGGAGUGCGUGAGUAUGUGCGUGUUGCAUGUCUGUGUCUGUUUUUCUCUCCUCCCUCCCCCUCCCUGGUUCCCUCUCCCUGGCCCCCUUACUUCCCAUCCACCUGUCCAUGGUUUGUGCCGUGUUACCCGGCGUCAGUGUCUCGUGUCUCGCACACUUUACCGCUUGGCGAGACUGGGGUUUCAUUGGGAGAAUGUAACAAAAUGUGAUACAACCCAGUUGCUCAG